GCCCACUGUCCGGAUAGGAAGACGACUACAAGCAUGGCCCUCCAGCUCGUCCUCAUACUGGUCCUCCUCAGUCUGGUGGACGCUCACUCCGACCACUGGGUCUACGACGUCCUCUUUGAUCAACAACAAAACCUAACCUGUGACAAUGACGUCUUCAACCCAGACAGGAUGCCGACAGGAACAACCCUCCUCUGGACGCUACCGAGCGGCGAGAUCAUCCGACCACACGAUGACCAUUCCAAGAUUGACAUAUCCUCUAGUGGCCACUGGAUCCUGGUCAAGCAUGUCCAAGAUGAAGAUUUUGGCGUCUAUAACUGCCUUGUAUUUGUGCAGGGUAAUCUGACCUACAGCAUCCGUAAAGGAAUUAACAUACACGGUCCAUAUUGGGGGGACCUGACGAAGAAGUACAUUCCCUCGGUCGUUGUUGGUGCCAUUGCUGCUGCUGUAACAUUUGCCAUCCUCUCUUUCCUUUGUUUCUGGUAUGAAAGACAUCAGGGCAAGGGGGAGGGGCUCAUUGACAAGUAUGAGGCGACGAGGAGGGCAGAGAUGAGUGAAGAUGGCGGCCAGUUAAUGGUGGGUAUGCACCUAUUGAGGAAAUCAAGUCGAGGGUGCCGGAAAAAAAUGGGAUUGAGCUGCCUCCCGUUACUACCAAAUUGUGAAGAUAUCCAUCAGCUAUUGACUAGUCGUGACUCAUAAACACAUAGGCCUUGCAUGCAUAUCAGUGAGGCCUAUCAAUAGUGUCAUGUCCUAUGCAUAAUACAUAAACAUCACAAAAACAUCAAACAGGACUGUUUUAAGACUGUUUUAGUCUGUUUGGUGAGGGAAACUAAUUGUAUGGUAUGUUGGAUUUGAUUUCUCGUGUUUCAUUCUUAAAUUGACAUGACGCAGAGUGAGAGUAUACCACAAUUCAAUAAUUCAACGAUUAAUAUGGUUAACCCUUUAAUUAUUAGGUAGUUAACCAAGUGCUUCAGAUUAAUACAUCAUGGUAUAUUAUUGCUUACCUGAUUUCAGUAUUAUUGUGUUAUGUAUACCGUGUACAGAGAAAUAAACUCUAAAUCACCGUUACCCUGCUUCCUAACUGUACUGUUACAAGAAAGAGAAUGUAGUUCUACGAUGUAACUAUAAGCCAUUACAAGUUGGGUAUGAUUGGAGCAAUCGGGUGCGAGAGAGAGAGAGAGAGAGAGAAAAUAUUUGCAGGAAUUAUAGAGAUUUGCAGGAUUAUUGGAUAUUUCAUGCCCCGAAGUUUUAACGCCAUCGCUUCCUAUUGAACCUUCCAUCAACAUUUCUUUUUCCGUCACUAAAUAACAUUGGAUUCAGUUUUUGUUUCCAAAUUGUAUUUUUUGAGGUGUAUGCUGUUUAUCUUCAUUGUUUGUUUGAAUAAUCCUUUAGAAACAUUUUUUGGGGAAAAGAGUAUCAAUGCAUAAUGCUAGGUUUUCGUUUUGUUUAGUUUGUUUGUUUAAUGGUUAAGGUAGUAUUUAGCCUGAUUCAGUCUACGUACAGUGAAGAGGAUUGUUUUUCAAUUGUUGCAUAACUUUUGAAAAUAAUGUUUAAAAAACAAGCGGAAAAGUAAGAGAUUCAACGAAAAAUAAAAAACGUGUAGCAGAGCGUGGUUUCGAUCCACGGACCUCUGGGUUAUGGGCCCAGCACGCUUCCACUGCGCCACUCUGCUCCUUGUUCAUCGGAUGCGAAUAUAAGGUUAAAAGGUAAACAUCAAAAGCAAAGUCGGUCUUGCUUCGGGUGUGAUUAUGUUUCCACACGCUUUUAUCGUUUUUUUACCUCAAUAUUGAAUAAA